UCUAUUGCACUCUUCGUUUGUCGAUUGCAUGUAAUACCUCAGCUUCAGUCUGCACAAGCCCGGGAGCACCGAAGGGUAGGCUCAAGGGAAGGCCCCACCAAGUCCUUUUGGAGGGUCAUGAAUGGCAACUGAUACUUAAUAAGACAUAAUGUGUUCUGCCGAUUCACAAUUAUGGAGACUGUGUAACGGAAGAUAGAAGAGCCGCCUGGAGAGAAAGUGUGGGCGCAAGGAGGGAUUUGCCUACGCUUGCUUCUGAGCUGGUCCCUUCGGGCAGGCGCCUUGUGGGAUCUGUGACAGAUGCAGGGUGGCUCACUGGUUCACAGGUCUGCACAUGAAGUCACCGUAACGCGGGUGGCUCCCACUUUGUGAAGACCUCAUCAUCGCGAGGUGGGGCUAAGAUGAGCAUAACCAGCGACGAGGUGAACUUUCUGGUGUAUCGGUAUCUCCAGGAAUCAGGUUUUUCCCACUCGGCCUUCACGUUUGGGAUCGAGAGCCACAUCAGCCAGUCCAACAUCAAUGGGACCCUCGUGCCCCCAGCCGCGCUCAUCUCCAUCCUGCAGAAGGGGCUGCAGUAUGUGGAGGCUGAGAUCAGCAUCAAUGAGGAUGGCACGGUGUUUGACGGCCGCCCCAUAGAGUCCCUGUCCCUGAUCGACGCCGUGAUGCCCGAUGUGGUGCAGACGCGGCAGCAGGCGUUCCGGGAGAAGCUCGCCCAGCAGCAAGCCAGCGCCGCGGCCUCGGCGGCGGCUGCAGCAGCACCGACCACGACCGCAGCCGCCACCGCCCCAGCAGCUGUUUCUCAGCAAAACCCACCAAAGAACGGAGAGGCCACUGUGAACGGGGAAGAGAAUGGCGCGAUGAACCGCCACUCGAAGCCCAUGGAGAUCGACGGGGACGUUGAAAUCGCACCCAGCAAAGCCACUGUCCUGCGGGGCCAUGAGUCUGAAGUUUUCAUCUGUGCCUGGAACCCGGUCAGCGACCUGCUGGCUUCCGGGUCAGGCGACUCUACCGCCAGGAUCUGGAACCUCAACGAGAGCAGCAACGGGGGCCCCACACAGCUGGUGCUGAGGCACUGCAUCCGGGAAGGGGGGCACGAUGUCCCAAGCAACAAGGAUGUCACCUCGCUGGACUGGAACAGCGAUGGGACACUCCUGGCCACAGGUUCCUAUGACGGCUUUGCACGCAUAUGGACAGAAGAUGGUAACUUGGCCAGCACCUUAGGCCAGCAUAAAGGACCUAUCUUUGCCUUGAAGUGGAACAAAAAGGGGAAUUACAUUUUGAGUGCUGGUGUAGACAAAACGACGAUAAUUUGGGACGCCCACACCGGAGAAGCCAAGCAGCAGUUUCCUUUCCAUUCCGCCCCGGCUCUCGAUGUGGACUGGCAGAACAACAUGACCUUCGCCUCCUGUAGCACGGACAUGUGUAUUCACGUGUGCAGACUCGGCUGCGACCGCCCAGUCAAAACCUUCCAAGGACACACGAAUGAGGUCAAUGCCAUCAAGUGGGAUCCUUCUGGAAUGUUGCUAGCAUCCUGCUCUGAUGACAUGACAUUAAAGAUCUGGAGUAUGAAGCAGGACACGUGUGUGCACGAUCUUCAAGCUCACAGCAAAGAGAUAUACACCAUCAAGUGGAGCCCCACGGGGCCCGCCACCAGCAACCCCAACGCCAGCAUCAUGUUAGCGAGUGCUUCGUUUGAUUCUACGGUUCGACUGUGGGAUGUGGAGCGAGGCGUCUGUAUCCACACGUUAACCAAGCAUCAGGAACCUGUCUACAGUGUAGCGUUCAGCCCUGAUGGGAAGUAUUUGGCCAGUGGCUCCUUCGACAAGUGUGUGCAUAUCUGGGAUACUCAGAGCGGAAGUCUGGUCCACAGCUACCGAGGCACGGGCGGCAUCUUCGAGGUGUGCUGGAAUGCUCGAGGCGACAAAGUGGGUGCCAGCGCGUCCGACGGCUCUGUAUGUGUUCUAGACCUGCGAAAGUAAACCCUAAAUAUUAUAGAGAAAAGAAGAAUUGUAACGGACCAGCAGUGAAUGUGUGGGGUUGCAGCACUCCUCCACCCGUCAGCUCCGAAACAGUACGAAUGCAGACGGUGUUAGAGUGUGCUUUGACGCCAGCUCGUCCCUGGCCACGGGAGUCUGUGAUAUCUUUUCGUAAUCUUCAUCCAGAAGUUUAAAAACCAAGCAAAUCCAAGAGCAUACACACGGUCGUAUCAAGGAGGGGGAAGGGUCUUGGCCUAGGACUUUCCGCCGGGGAAGGAUGAAGCCACCCGUGGCUACUUCCAUCCACCACAGGCUCUGAUGGCCGAACGGGGGGAAAGUGCCAGAAAACAAGAAAAGAAAAGGAAAAUGCUGUGAUAAACCAAAAGGGGAGAGCGCACCUCCGCCUUGUGCUGACCCCGCCCCCCAUAAUUUGGACGCUACAGUUGCUCCGGCAAAGGAUGUUCAAAGACCAGUGUGUGCCCAUGAGACGCGCAACUUGGUAAUCCCAACGCUUCUGGUCUCUAGGACCUUCUUUGUUCAGUGGUGUUUCUCUCCGCUGGAAUUCUGUCUCCCGUGGGCUUUGGGUUGAGAUGGAAGCCGUGUGGGGUUUGCUGUGUCCCGCCCCCCGGUGCCAUUUCCCUUGGUCUGGUGUGGUCUUGCUCUUCAUGACACCCGUGGUACAUGUGGCCACGUGGACAUGACGACAGGCAUGGGCGGACAGCUUUCUCCCCCGCUGGCCCCUCCACCCGCCCCCUCCGCUCACACUCUUUUCUGUCCUUUCUCUUAGUUGCUUCACAUCUGAGGUCACAAGGGCACUUUCAGCGCAUCAAUUAAGUGCUUUAUGUAAGAAAGCAGGGAGGGGGACUUUUUACAGGAGAAAAAGAAAAUGACUUAUAGAAGAAAGAGCCUGGAGUAUUUUUGAAAAAAAAUAUUUUUAUGUUAAAACGAUUUUACAAUCCCAAAAUGGCCAUCAGACACAGAGAGCUUUGUGUGAUGCAUAUUUUAAAAACAAAGACGUUUAAGAAGACACAGGCAGAGUCGGAGGUAGCCUGGCCUUUCCCUCCUGUGGCGUGGAAGGUGGCAGCAGGCUAGGGGGAAGUGGCCGUCCCCAGCGACAGACAGCGUGGUCCCCUCACACAUCUUUCUCGGCAGUACCCAUCACCAAGAACACGCCCAGUGAGCCCCUGCGGGACUCCCCUGAAGGCUCCAAAGGGCCACUCCGUCCAGUGACAGAACAGGAACACUGGAGGAAGACCUUCAGCCCUGAAGAUGAGUUCUUCCAUAGGUACAGCGUCACCCACCACUUCCGCUGGCUUUAUCAUUUUUCUCUCACCGAAAACGAGAUUUUUUUUUUUUAAUGAUGAAUCUUUUUACUAUUUUGUAAAAAUUAAACACAGCUCUGUGUCCCUGGGACGGUUUGCUUUCACUGUAUCUAGUGACCUCUGUACGCUUGUCAUUACAGUGUGGCCCUGGCCCUAGCAAUGGCUGAACAGACUGGAAGCCGGGCCCCUUCCUGAGAGCUGAGGGAGGGCCCUGGCCGUGGCUGGUGGCGGUGGACUGCGCUCUUCACCCGAGGCAGAGUGUUAUUCAGAGAGUGUCCGUCCACGGAGCCGGAAGUGGCCAUCUGCGAAGGGCAAGAGCCUCCCCCAGCCCAGGAUAUACAGGACCAGCCCCACAAGCCACUGAGUGCCGGACCACGCCACUGGCACCUGGGAAGUGACUGGACCCCAAGCAGACCAGCGAGGGCCAUGUUUUUGGGUGGAGUAUUGGAUCUGGGCUCUGUUACCUAAACACUCGACAUAGGAAGCCAACGUUCUCUGAAGUCGCCGGUGGCAGGAGUCCUCACUCCGAGCGAGCGUGCAUCAGCUUUGGGAUGCAGGCCGGCCAGACAAGCACCACCUGCAGCACUCCCUAAAUCAAAACACGUUCAUCUCCACUGAGCAUCUGCUGUCCAACGUCAGCCCGUUGUCGGGAUACGGCUUGUGUGGAUCUGCCGUGGGGUGGGGAUGGGGAUGGCCGAUAAGGGAUUCCAGAGCUGGGGUCUCACUGAGGUGCUGGCCUAGGCCUGCACCCGGGGCUGUGAGCCCUGGCAGACAGGCUCUUCCCUGCACGAAAUGGACCACUCAUGUACCCUGCUGUUCACUCCCCAGACAUCCAUCCUGCUCUCAGCAAAAUGACGCAGCUGCAGGCUGUGUCCGGAGCUGUCACGUUUGCACUCUGCUGGUCACCUGGCCCCCAGAGCCAGCACGGUCAGCUCUGUGGUCUAGGUCCCUGCAUGUCGUGUUUCCAGGCAUCGUCUGCGUCUCUUAAAGAAGUGUGAGGGAUGCUUCAGUCUUAGUGACCAAAUGUAACCUUGAAAGCAGGCAUAUGUGACCACGAGCCUCGCCCAGCACAAGCCUGGGAAAGGGAGGCUGCCCCACAGGGGACCAGAAGGACCACAGGGACAUUACAGGGUCAGCUCUCCGACCCUGCACGACACUGAUGCCGUAGGACUUGACCUUUUGUUCUGUCUUUCUCAACAUCGAUCACGGAGCCAGGUCAAGUGCACUUCGUCCAAUGUAAGGAUCUGCUUCGUUCCUUGUUAGUUUUUUCUUUUUUAACCUCGUUCCACCUUCUUUUUUUUUUCAUUGUGUCUCUUGUCAAAUGCAGAAAUGUUUCUUCCGCCACUCGCUGAAGUUUUGAAUUCUGGCUUCUGCAGUUUUUAUUGUCUGUGUCAGACAUUCAGCCAGAUGUGGUUCUCUGUCAGCAUUUUCCAGAUUCUGUUCAACAGCAUCAACCCAGCGCCCUGUUUUGUUCUGUACCCCCACCCCCACUCAUCCCUCACGCUCUUGGAGAAAAAAAUCACCUCGUGUGUUGUAGUGCAUUUGUUUCCAGAGAGAAUCAACAGAUCAUAUUCAGUGUCUUGAAUAAAUUGCUCUAUUUUGAUAUUAGA